GCAGACAUGACCGACCAGGAAGUCACCGCGUGUCGCAAUGCCCUCUUCGUUUCCGAUCCCGAAGUCGAACGCAGGAGGGCAAUCAGUGCCACAGGAGCGAGGGCUAGGGGCACCUGUGAGUGGAUCAAACUCAACGAGCACUACCGUACUUGGCUGGGUGGCAACAACAAGGAUGGCUCACGUCUACUGUCGAUAUCGGGCGGUCUAGGAACGGGCAAGACGAUGCUUUCCAUCUUCCUGACAUACGAGCUGGAGAGGCACACGGCAAAUAUGGAUAACGCUAAUCUAAUCUUCUUUUUCUGCCGUUCCCACGACGAGGCGCGCGACACGGGGACCAGCCUUUUACGUAGUCUGGUGCACCAGAUUAUCACUAAGCGGCCACAGUUGAUCAAGCAUGUGUUGCGGUACUUCAAAACACCGAAAUCGGCACAGGAGACACUGUCUUCCCGGUUCCAUCUGUGGAAUAUCUUCAGUCAUCUGGUUGCAGACGAGGGGCUUGGUAUGAUGUUCUGUGUGCUCGACCAACUGGACCAAUGUAAAGACGGAGACUUAAGCUCGCAAUUGGCCGCUAUUCCUGGCCAUCCGUCAAUAAAAGGGUCUUUCAGACUGUUGCUUGUCGGCCGAGACUUCCCCGAACUCGAAUGGUUCCCAAGGAUAAUAGUGAACAAGAAGAGUAUUUUCAACGAUAUCACGCUGUUCGCGUCGGCCCGAGUCAAGGAGUUAGUAAGCGUCCAAGGGUUCAACAAUGACUUUCGAGGGUUCAACGAAAAGUUUCGACAUCUCAUGGAGGCGGCUCUCAUUCAACGCGCGGGCGGGAAGUUCCUGUGGGUGAGCGUUGCCAUGAAGGUACUGUCACAGAAGCAAACCCGCACUGAGGUCUGGGAAGCUCUGCAGCACCUACCAACGAGUCUCCCUGCGAUGUACAAGUACAUUUUGCAGAGCAUACCGACUGAACAGAAGACUAUCAGCCGUACAAUCCUGCUCUGGGUGAGUAUGGCACAGCGUCCUCUGGGUUGGCUAGAGCUGGCGGAAGCUGCAGACACUAAACCCCUGGGCCCAGCAUUCUGCGACGCAAUCAGUUACUUGAAACCGCUACUGGAAAUAAAGAACGAUGAGGUUUGGCCGACUCACCGUUCGGUGCGAGAUUUUAUCUUGCAAGAUUUCCCGAGGGUACAUCCAAAGCUGUUUCGCUGUGACCCGUUUCGCUUUGACCCAGAACAAGCUCAUUUAGAGAUACUGCAGGCGUGUCUCGACUGCGUCGCCAGGAAUACCUUAGGAGACGGACCUCGGACUGCCAACGGGACAUCCAAUUUGCAAGAGUCCCCAUUGAUGAGAUAUGCAAUGGCACACUGGGCUGCACACGUUGAGGGCUGCUCGCCGAUAGGUGACAAACUC